CCACGGCAGGGGGGUGGUUGGACCCACACAAUCUUUCAGAUUCCUUCCAAUUCAAACCAUUUUCAUCUCCAUCCUGCCCAAACCCCACGUCCAGUCUGUUUCUCCAGCACCUCCUGCCAGCAUUUCCCACUCAGGAGCGCUAAGAUUUUGAGAUGCAGUAUUUCUCAGUUUCCUUCCUCCUGGCAGGGAUGGGGAAGGACAAAGCAGGCAAGAGCCCAGAGCAUGCACUCAUUAGCUUCUGUCUGCCAACAAUGUGGGAACAUGCAAUGUUAUACGAAAUGUCUGGCUGUUAUAAAAGGCUUUGGUUAAGUAAUCACAUUUCUCUUGCAUAAGUGCUUGUUUUUGGGAGGCCUUAGCCAAUUGGAGGCUGCAGCAGCACGCAGAGAGAAAGCAUGUCUGACUUCUGUGAGGUGUUGUUUUGUUUUUUUUAAUAAUAAUAAGUGAUUAAUAAUCUGCUGAGAGCUGUAUGAAAUCUCUUUAGAUAAGGUUAGGAGGAGGAGAUUCCCCAGUGCUGCUUAUAGCUGAACCACAGCUGUAAUACUCUGCCAUAAAGCCUGUGUGGAUUCCUAGUAAGAUGGAUGCUCUACAUAAAUUGAAGAUUUUGGUGAUGUUUUUGUCUCUGGCUACUUUCAUGAUCAUGGUGAUAAUGAAUGCUGGAAAUGCCACUGGGAUUUUCAAAGGUCUGUUCAGGACAACCCCUGGAAACAUCUCAGCCAAGUACAGCACAGAUUUCACACCAGCUGGCUGGACUUUCCUCAUCUGGAAUGUCAUCUACGCCUGGCAGCUCGCCUGGCUUCUCUACGCCUUGUCAGGGAUCUGCAGAAGGAAUGAACUUGGAUAUGUCUUCAUGAAGCCAGACUUGCUGCCAAUACCUUUUUAUGUGGCGUGGUGUCUGAAUAAUGGCCUCAAUGUUGGAUGGCUCUUUCUGUGGGACCGAGAAUACCUCCUUCCAGCCCUGGUGUUCCUGGCAGUCCUGUCCCUUACCACAUGUGCCUGCCUGUUUGUCUCCCACCGAGCCUUGAGCAUCCAUUCCUCGUGGUUUGUGAAGGCUAACAAGGCUGAGCUCUGGCUCAUCCGCAUUCUGGUGCAGAACGGGCUGGCUCUGUACCUGACGUGGACCAGCAUCGCCACGCUGCUCAACUUCGCCGUGGUGCUCAUCCACAAGUGGAACGUGCCCAGCGAGAAAGCGACCACUGCUUCCCUGAGCAUCCUGGCUCUCAGCCUGGUGAUAUGGUUUUAUCUAGAAAAUUACCUUCUCGACAAGUACGUCCGCUAUAACCUCACAGUCUACCCCGUGGUCAUAGCAGCUCUGACAGGCAGCGCCUGUGGGAACGGCUCCUUCUCAUCCCCACUGACCAACCACGUUUUCAUAGUUGUUCUGCUGGCACUGACGUGUUUGAUCUUUGCUGUUCGGCUGGGACUGGUUGUGUGGAGACACUGGAAGAGACCACUGGAAGCAUGAGAACCCUGAGGCCCAUCAGGCACAGUGACCUGAGACCUCUGGCACAUUGUGGGUGAUGCUUGAAAGGGAGAAAAAAGAAUUGGGCAUGUGCUGGCUCUUGUUCCUGUAUCCAUUCCCUUCUGCAUUUCUCUCUUAUUCUCUGUUCCAAAUGCAGAUGUCUUGUGUCCGCAAAUGUGUCUUGCUCCCACAUUCUCUCAGAUCAGUUACUCACAACCCUGUCUUGAGUUCCUUUGGUUUUAUCCUGGAAAAGUUCAGGAAAAGCAGCCCUGUGCAGCUUUGUGAUGCCUGGGCUGUGGCUCUCUUCUCCUGCCAGUGCAAGCAGGGCUGCCAACAGGCACCCAGCAGGCCUGCACACACAGUUUUUCCUGUUUUUCCCUUGGUAUCUCACUUUCUUGGAAGUGCAGACCCAAGUGACCUGUCCCUGGGGUUCCAGGUGGGAGAGCUGUCAUUCAUUGCCUUGGCCAUCAGGGCUGAGCAUCCUCAAGCCCUGGUGCUGUCAGCAGAUCUCCUGCAGGCAGCCACUGCUCCUUUCCUGCUUCUCUGCAGCAUGACAGGGGCAGAGACUAGGAUUUGACAUCUGCCUUUGCAGUGUCAGCUCUGCAGUUUGAUGUUCAAGGGGGCAGGGGGAGGGACUGAAGGUUUCUGACACAAAGGUGUUGGUGUUGCCUUUCCCUGAGCUGGGCACAGCUUGGGCUGGCUGGAUGUCUCUCACUGGGGGAGUUUGUGGCUACUCUGGAAGGAGCUCAGAUGUACAGAUGAGCUGGUCCCUGAUCUGGGGUGAAGCCUGAUGCUUCAAAGGAAGCCUGUUAAAAAAAAAAUAAAUAAAAAUUGAACAGGUAGAGCAAGUUCAUCCUGGAUCAGUGCCUUCUCAUGUGGCUUCACCACUUCUGAGUUGGGAUUAGGAAGCCUAAAACUGGAUUGACUGAAUUUUUGGACCACUGCCUUUCCUUCCUGUGCCUAAUUGAGAGCUGGUGGUGCCUCACAGGUGUCUGGAAAGUCUUGGCACCAGGAAGGUGCUUUCAGUGCAUCUUGCAGUAUUAUUAACAAAGCUAAAUUCUAAAAUAACAUGUGCUGUUGUUUACAUUUAGCAAAAAGCAAAAGCAGUGUAAUGCAUCUCCCCUCAUCAUUCUGGUGUGUUGUUUUUUUUUUUUUUUUCUAUUUUUUAAUUUUAAAAUAAGUCAGCUCAUUCUAUCACUCUGCAACUAACUCUGUAAAUCAUCUAAAGCAGCUGUCCUGGCCCCUUCCUCACUCAUGCCCAGGGCUCCAGAGUGACUCUGGUCCCUUGCUGGAAUCUCAUGGAGGUGAAGAGUUGGAGGAUGUAGAUUGCUAGGUAUGAUUUAAACUCCUUUGACCAGCACACUGUUCAUUAAGUUUCUAUUUUAUAGGCUCUGCCUCCCAAGAUCCCAGCUAAUAAAUUCCCAGCAGCCUCUCCCUAAGCUGCCUUCUUUAAUACAGGGGAAUUAAAGCCACUGGCAGGGGGAUUAAGGGGUCCAGGCAAGGUGAGAAGCUGCUGUGAGGCUGUGCAGCAGUUCAUGCAUGGCAGGGUUUUGCAGCCUCCCUCUUGCAGCAAGAGCACUGCAAAGAGCUCCUGGGCCAGGGCAGCUGCACUUUCCCAUUAAAAAAUGCCUUAUCAGGA